CGUUAGGAAAGUCUGUCCGGAUUCAAUUGACUCAUUCCUUUCUUCGUAAGGAGAGACACCCCAAUUUUCCAAUUCUAUAAAUUCUCUGUUCCUCUCACCUGCGUCUAUCAACAAGCUAAUUAAGCUGCAAUUAAUCAGACAUUCAGACAUCUUUGUUUGAGAGAUAGCGUAUAAGAAGAGGAGGACGACGAAGAUGAUGACGUCAAUUUUCAGUUCCUUCGACGCCCUUUCGGCGGAGCUCUUCGUGAAAAAAUUGGGACAAUCGCCAGGCUGCUCUCAGGCUGUCGUGGCCGAUCUGAAGACCGGUGGGGUAAACAACGCCGCCGUCGGGGAGGUGCCGCCUCCGCAUGCUAUGAAGAAGACGGCUGCGACCGAACAGAGGAGGAGACCGAGGUUCGCGCCGGAGUUGGAUGGGAUCUAUAGUUUCGAGACGAUUAUUCCGAGUUGAUUAUUCAAUUAUCUGACGAGAUUAUUAUUGCACGGAGUAAUUCUUUGUAACAAUUAACAGUUAUUUUCGUCUCUGUAAAAUCACUGCUUGCUACAUUAUUCAAUUCAAGGAUGCCUUUUGUUCGGGUGUAGUCCACCAUAGAAUUGUCUCCCAUACAAUUAGAAUUUACUUAUGUCCUAAAGCAAAGCAAAAUAUUGAGAUUCUUUUUAGUUUUUAGAGUAAAUUCCUAAAAUGUUC